AUGUCUGCUACGAAACGCAAAUCUGACGUCAUGGACGUCACGCCUACGGGCAGUCCUACUAAAAAGAUGCGCUUGACGCAGCACCAGAAGCAAGCGCUGAUGGACAAUCUACAACUUGAAAUUACUGAGCGGGCCCGUAAGCUCCGUGCUCAAUAUGCCCUUCAGGCAAAUGACCUACGGGCGCGGAUUGAACGACGCGUCAAUCGGAUCCCAGUCUCACUACGCAAGGCCAACAUCGGCGAGCUGCUUGAAAAGCACAGUGCCGCCGCAAACAAACAGCAGGUUGUGUCGCCUUCUCGAAAAUACUCUCCCAUCAAGACUUCGCGUAAUAUCGCAAGCGUCUCCGUAGACCCAGAAACUUCUACCACGCACGAAGGUAGAGCUCGGAGGGGAAGCCACGAUGGGCACUUCUCUGACAAAGAGAAUGCCCCUGCCGGUCGUGAGUCCGAACUCAAGAACCCAAAGCGUCGCGUGAAGCCAGCCGGACAAGGCGGGGCCUCGCGCGUGGCGUCCCAGGAAGUACGGGGCAAUGAGAACCGGAUUCUGUCUCCCAAGUCUAACAAUUCCCGAACCUACCCUCAUUCGCCCUUUCGUGCAUCCCCCGAGAAGGGCCAACCCUCAUAUCUGGCGCGCCCUACCUCACCACUAAAACCUUCCAGUCCGUUGCGAUCACGCGGCCACACUGUGUCUUCAGUGAAGGAUCAGCGGCCUCCUUCGCAGACUCAGAGGACUGCUAACCGUGCUGCUACAGGACCCAAGACUACUCGGUCACCUUUGCCGCGCCCGGCGACCCGACAGGGCGAGCGCAAGAAUAGCACAGGGUCCACUGCAUCUUCGGGUACAACAGUAACCAAGUCUACACGGACUGGUACUGGGGCGAGAAAGGCCACGACAGCAUCCGCUGCGGCUGCCACCAAGAGGCCAGCUUCUCGUUUACAGGCUACCUCAAUGGCUGUCAAGAAUACCCCUACUACUGCUGCAAUGCGCAAGACUACCGCUCCGGCUGUGACUGAACCCGCAAAUCGGACUCGAGCACUGCGUAAGCGGAUUUAG